AAAUGAAAUCAUUACACAUGUGAACAUCUGUCUGGUCAUAAUUACAUAGUGCAAUUUACCGUUGGACAUUGAGUCAUUUGGCAAUUCAGGAAACAGGAAGUGUAUAUAAAGGUACCAGCAUCAUCCACUGACUUCCAUACCUUCUUACAAACUACAAAGAAACUUUUUCCAGUCAUACUCAGGAGAAUAAGAGAUGGGCUUGUUCAUUGUGUUGCUGUGUCUUCCUACUGUACUGCAACUAUUUCCUGGAUGUAUGCAUACAGCAGAAUCAACUCCCGUCGCUGAUCAAAUAGUCAUUGUUAACAAGCACAACAGCCUGCGUAGAAGCGUCAGCCCAACUGCUAGUAACAUGCUAAAAAUGGAAUGGAAUGAUAAAGCAGCUGUGAAUGCGAAAAAGUGGGCAGACAAAUGUACACAAGAGCACAGCCCACCAGCAGAGAGAACGGUUGAUGGAAUACAAUGUGGUGAAAAUCUGUUCAUGUCAACGGCAGCUACUUCCUGGGAUGUCGUUAUUCAGGCCUUUUAUGAUGAGGUGAAAGAUUUCAAGCAUGGCACUGGAGCAACAAGCCCAAAUGCCGUAAUUGGACAUUUCACUCAGGUUGUUUGGUACAGGUCUUACCAAGUCGGAUGCGAUUUUGCCUCCUGUCCUAAUGGCCGUUUUCCAUUCUACUAUGUUUGCCAAUACUGCCCUGCCGGAAAUAUAGCACACUUAAUUCCAACGCCAUAUAAGGCAGGACCACCUUGUGGAGACUGUCCAAAUGCAUGUGACAAUGGACUUUGCACCAACCCUUGUAAACAUAAUGAUAAGUACAGCAACUGUCCUAGUUUAGCAAAACAACCUGGUUGUGGUUACGGAAAUAUGAUGAUGGAUUGUGCUGCUUCUUGCCUCUGCAAGACAGAAAUAAAAUAACAAGUACCUUU